GAGGAAAUAGUGGCUCUCCUCCUCAGUCACUGAGCGUUGUGAUUACCGGGGACCUCCAACAUCAUCAGCGGGACUUCUUGAUGGAGAGCGGAGCGGCUUAAGAUGAGCUGAGGAGUGAUUAUUGAUCUGUUGCAUCAGGCUUGAAUCCACCUAAAACCCCAUGGAGCAGGAUGUGGAGAGCCCAGCCGGCAUCAGGAAGCCCAAGUUGCCAAAGCAGGCCCGAGAAGACCUGCCCAAGCAGCUGGCAAAGAAGAUCCAGCGAUAUGUCCAGAAAGACGGGAAAUGCAACGUUCAUCACGGAAACGUCCGAGAGAAAUACCGUUAUCUGACAGACAUUUUCACCACUCUGGUAGAUCUCAAAUGGCGGUUUAACCUCUUCAUCUUCGUGCUGGUGUAUACAGUGACAUGGCUUUUCUUUGGCCUAAUGUGGUGGCUUAUUGCUUAUCUCCGGGGUGACCUGGACCAUCUAGCUGAUGCUCAGUGGACUCCGUGCGUCAAUAACCUCAAUGGGUUUGUAUCGGCCUUUCUGUUCUCUAUUGAGACAGAGACCACCAUUGGUUAUGGAUACAGAGUUAUCACGGACAAAUGCCUUGAGGGGAUAGUUCUGCUUUUAGUCCAGUCAGUGCUUGGAUCUAUCGUGAAUGCCUUCAUGGUGGGCUGCAUGUUUGUUAAGAUCUCACAGCCCAAGAAACGUGCUGAGACACUGGUGUUUUCCACCAACGCGGUCAUCUCGAUGAGAGAUGGACGGCUGUGCCUGAUGUUCAGAGUUGGAGACCUCCGAAACUCACACAUCGUUGAGGCCUCCAUCCGAGCCAAGCUUAUCAAGUCUAAGCAGACCAAGGAGGGGGAGUUCAUCCCUCUGAACCAGACGGACAUAAACGUGGGCUACAACACGGGAGAUGACAGGCUUUUCCUCGUGUCGCCGCUCAUCAUCUGCCACGAGAUAAACCAGCACAGUCCUUUCUGGGAGAUCUCCCAGGUUCAUCUGGCCAAGGACGAGCUGGAAAUUGUUGUGAUUCUGGAGGGAAUGGUGGAGGCCACAGGGAUGACCUGCCAGGCCAGGAGCUCCUAUGUCAGCAGCGAGAUCAAAUGGGGCUACCGCUUCAUGCCCGUCCUGACGCUGGAGGACGGCUUCUACGAAGUGGACUACAACAGCUUCCAUGACAUCUACGAAACCAAUACGCCCACCUGUAGUGCCAAAGAGCUCUCAGACAUGGCCAGCCGUGCCCGGCUGCCCCUCACCUGGUCACUGGCCAGCAAGCUGAGCCAGCAGGGGCUUCCUGAGUCUGAGCAAGAGGGCCAGGAGACCAAGACCACACCAGAGAACGAGGAGAAGAGUCAGAUGGCUGAGAGGAACGGGGACAUUGCCAACUUGGAGAGCGAGUCCAAAGUGUAGCCAGACUGUACAGUAAACAGCGAGCUCACGGGUUUUUAUGUGACUCCUGGACAGUACUGUAGACCAUCUGCUGGGGAUGGUCCAACCAUGAAGACCAAGGAGCACAGUAGACCAAGUAAUCCUUCACGUAGACGUGCUACUUUUCAGUGAUUCGCACAUACCAUGAAAAACCAGAACAGAACAUGUAGACAUGAGGCCCACAGCUGGACUGAGAAUCCUCUGCAAGUGCAUGUUUCAACUAUAAUGUGAUGUCCUCCCAACGAGAUUCCUGUUAUUUUUUCUAAUAAGAUAUUCCUAGGGGCAUUUGCAUAAGUAUUUUUGUACAUAUUAUAAGCAGUUUUGGAUUCUUUGUUUUGUGUGAAUAUCUACAUGAUGUUUGAUACUACUACCUUUAGGUUAGUUCUGUAUAUAUUCUAUGCCUUACUGUAUGUAUAAAGCUUUCAAUAAUCGUUUUUUUUUUCAGAAAUAUAUCUAAGCAUGUAUAAACAGUUCAUUUAUCUUGUAUUCUGCACAUACUGUAUCACAAUAAUGUUCUAAGAGAAACUUACAUUUUAAAUGGAUGCAAGCUCUAGUUGAAACCAAUGAGUAAAUCUUUCCCGAAUGAUAAGCGUGUGUUUAAGACCGAACUACACAAAGCCAUGACUUGCUGUUUACAGCUGAUCGACUUCAGACAGUGGCCCUUUAAAACUGCAUUUUGUCACUUUUUUUGCACACGGGUCGUCUUGUCAGUUGGAGGAUGUUAGCUAAUUUUCUCCAGAAAUCCCUCACAUCACCUAAAAUCAUAGACUAUAAAUAAACAGUAAGUUGCUUAUUAUGCACCUGCAGAAGUAUUUUGUUUGAUUUUGUUUUCUGAAAUUAUUCUGGUCAAUAAAUCGUCUAUGAUGAAAUUUUGAAGCUCAA